AUGUGCCCUUAAUUUUCGACUGAACAUGAGCAUUGUUCGGAUAAAAUUUAGCUUCACCUGUUGUUAGCAAUGGCUAAAUACAAAAAAAUUGCCUACAAAAAUAUUUAUAUGGUUUCAAUAUUGGAGCAGUGUUUGUACAAUAUUUUUGGUGCAUUCUUACUGGGAUUUUUGCUGGGAAUGUUCAUGGCGAUGUUAAUGUUCAACGUUCCCAAAAACCCAAAAAUGUUUCUCCAGGAAAGAAAUAAGGGAGUAAAAAUUCGAGUUGACACUAAAUUUAUUACAAACCAAUCAAGUAAAAACAUCACUUUAGCAAGAAUGUUGGAUUCAAAGGCUAAAAAUAUUCAAGGAGCGAAACUUGCCCAAAGGAUGCGAAUUCUUUGUUGGGUCAUGACGGCCAAACGCAACCACAAAACCAAAGCACAGUCUGUGAAAAGAACGUGGGGCCGGCAUUGCGACAAACUUCUUUUUUUCAGUGAGACGGAAGACUCCGACGUUCCCACAAUUAAAAUAGAAAAUGUGCAAUCUGAGCGGUACGGGCUGUGGACAAAAGUUGUCGGUGCUUAUAAAUAUAUUCACAAGUACCAUAGAGAAGAAUAUGAUUGGGUCCUGCGAGCUGACGAUGAUACGUAUGCCAUAAUAGAGAAUGUCAGAGAAAUGUUGCUUCCCUACAGCCCUAACCAGCCAGGAUAUUUUGGCUAUAGAUUCCUCCCUCAUUCUCCAAAGGGCUACUUUAGUGGCGGAGGAGGUGUUAUUUUAAGUAAAGAGGCUUUGGAUAGGGUUGUGACCAAGGCGUUUGACAAUAAACACAACGACUGUCCGAACAUCACUUUUUCUGCUGGCGACGACGACGUAAAAAUUGCACAAUGUCUUUACUCCGUAGGUGUUUUGCCAGACGAUUCGCGAGAUUUCCAAGGGCGCAGCAGAAUGCAUUGUUUUAACGUGCAAACACAUCUUUCAAUGAAUCCUAAUAUCAUAAGAAAAGGCCCGAUCUCGUGGUUUUGGCAAUACUUUUAUUGGACGUGGAAAAAGGGCUUAGCGUGUUGCGGAGAGAACAGCAUCGCCUGGCAUUAUAUUCCUCCAUUGAAAAUGUAUACCAUUGAGUACUUGGCGUACAUUGUAAGGGUGGAAAAUGUCGUGUUCGUAUCACAAGCCAUUGCUCCUGAAGAAGGAAUACCAGAAAUCACUUCUUCUACUACUCUUAAGUCAAUAGGUAUGCCUGUUGGCGGCCACUAAAAAUAAACGUAAAAAAGAGCACUUUGUGCGGUUUUUAAUUAAUUAUUUUGACAUGUUUGAAAAUAACUCAAUAAAAAAAAGUA